AUGCCCGAAGCCUUUAUCCCGGAGUCCGCUUGGUUUCAAGUGAUGUUAUACGUGGCAACCGAAUCAUCGGAAGAUCUCUUCCGUAUGGCAUCUGUGUGCCGAUUGUUCCAACCUUUGGCAAACAGUCCACAAGUGUGGAACACCAUUUCAAUGGCAAAGUACCCAGACCAUCCUAUCUGGGCUUGCGAUAACCCUGAGUCCAUAUUUAGAGAAGCAUUCGAAAGGUUUUUCACGCACGGUAAGGUGGAAGCGUUGUAUGGGAUGCGCAUUGCAGCCACUGCAGGCCAUAUGGAAGCGGCAUAUGUAGUUGGACUACUUGGUAUGUCCGAAAUUGGUCAGUCAAAAGAGGAUGCAUUACAAUUCUUGUGUUCUUUGAAUCAACAUAACAACAUUGAUAUGAAAGGAACCAGGGAUGCUUUGACAGGAAGAAUUCGCGGAGCAUUUGUUGCAAGACAUAUCGUAGAUAUGUUUGACUAUGUGAAGAUUAAGUUCAAUCGGUGCAGCGCUUGUAACAACAAUGAAUGGUAUUUUGUUAUUCCAGGCUGGCCUAGUGAAGACAAGAUAAAUCCUGCGUUGUGGACUUGUUGCAAUCGAUGCAAAUGGCACCGUGAGAGUAUUUUUUGGUGCAAACUGAUGCGUGAGUAA